UUUUUGCACGGGAUCUCUGCAAAUGAACGUAGAGAGGUUUUACUCUCUCGCUCUCUCUCUCUCAGUCAUCCCUGUGCCAUUUCCCCCCAAUCCGACACUUAAUUGAGCAACCGGGACACCUCACGUGCAGGACUGAUUUGUAGUUUGAACACGUGACUCAUUGAAAAAGGCAGAAUAAUUUAGUUUUUUUUGUUUUGUUUCCCGUUCUCUCGAUGUUAUUAAGAGGCGGUGCCUACACAAACGUGUGUGACAAUUUAGUCGCAUCGCCAAAUAAUAAAGAAACUUUCUCUAUCUUCCCGGCCCUUGCCUCGCAGAGGUGACGGAAUAAAUAAUUCAGCGCGUUUAAAUCAAGAGGAAACGCGAGUGCGCGCAAGCACGGCGGCGAUCUCGUCCAUCAAAUAUCUCAGUAGCUAGGAGUGAUUGGGAGAACACUCCCAGACCCUCAGCUGAGCGACAGUGUGGUUCUCUCUCUCUCCAAACACUGCCCAUCCGAGCGACGCGAUAAAGGGCUGCCCCUCUGCAACACGGUCGCUCUUUUCCGUAUACAACAAAAUGAAUAAGCUCUACAUCGGAAACGUGAGCGAGCAGGCGAGCGCGCUGGACUUGGAAAGUAUCUUUGAGCAGUGGAAGAUACCUUUCAGUGCACCCUUUCUCGUAAAAAGUGGCUACGCGUUUGUGGAUUGCCCCGACGAAAAGGUAGCGAUGAGGGCCAUUGACACUCUUUCAGGGAAAGUAGAACUCCACGGAAAAUUCUUAGAAGUGGAGCACUCUGUCCCUAAACGACAAAGGAGCUGCAAACUGCAGAUCAGGAAUAUCCCACCUCACAUGCAGUGGGAAGUUUUGGACGGGUUGUUAGUGCAGUACGGCACAGUGGAGAGCUGUGAACAAGUCAACACUGACACAGAGACUGCUGUUGUCAACGUGCGAUAUUCCGCCAAGGACCAAGCCAGAGAAGCAUUGGAUAAAUUAAAUGGCUUCCUUAUGGAGAACUACGCACUAAAGGUUUCCUAUAUCCCAGAUGAGACCGCUGCAGCAGAUGCCCCUGCCGUGGGUGGCAGGAGAGGUUUCAACCCACGCGGCCCACCUCGCCAAGGCUCUCCCAAUCUUGGCGCAAGACCUAAACUACAGUCAGACGUACCUCUACGCAUGUUGGUGCCCACCCAGUUUGUAGGAGCUAUUAUUGGCAAGGAAGGUGCUACCAUCCGCAACAUAACCAAGCAGACUCACUCAAAGAUUGAUAUCCAUCGUAAGGAGAACGCAGGGGCAGCGGAGAAGCCCAUCACUGUUCACUCCACACCAGAGGGCUGCAGUUCUGCCUGUCAAAAUAUCAUGGAGAUCAUGCAGAAAGAGGCAAUCGACACUAAGAUCACUGAAGAAAUCCCUCUGAAGAUUCUGGCUCAUAAUAACUUCGUCGGCCGCCUGAUUGGAAAAGAGGGACGCAACUUGAAGAAAAUCGAACAAGAUACUGACACAAAGAUCACAAUCUCACCUCUGCAGGAUCUGACAUUGUAUAACCCAGAGCGCACCAUCACCGUCAAGGGUACAUUAGAAGCUUGCGGAAAAGCAGAAGAAGAAAUCAUGAAGAAAAUCCGUGAGUCCUAUGAGAAUGACGUAGCUGCCAUGCAUCUACAAUCUAACCUGAUUCCAGGGCUCAAUCUGAACGCGUUGGGUAUUUUUCCCGGUGCAGCGAGUGGAGGGAUGUCACCUUCUGUGGUAUCAGGACCUCCAGCUGGGGCUCAAGCUGGCUAUCAAUCAUUUGGGUGCAGCGUGUUUGGGGGUGAGGUGCCAUUUUGGGCCUCUACACUCUCCUCCAGCAACAGCAUAGCCUUUUCUCAGGCACAGGUGGAGUCGGAAACCGUGCACCUCUUCAUUCCUGCUCUGGCAGUUGGUGCUAUUAUCGGCAAGCAGGGCCAGCACAUUAAACAGCUCAGCCGCUUUGCUGGUGCAUCAAUCAAAAUUGCACCUGCUGAUGGAAUUGACACCAAGCAAAGAAUGGUCAUUAUUACUGGACCACCAGAGGCACAGUUCAAGGCUCAGGGACGUAUCUUUGGGAAGUUAAAAGAGGAGAACUUCUUUGGACCGAAGGAAGAGGUUAAAUUAGAGGCUCACAUAAAAGUGCCAUCAUUCGCCGCUGGCAGAGUCAUUGGCAAGGGAGGCAAAACGGUGAAUGAACUACAGAACUUGACCAGUGCAGAGGUGGUUGUCCCGCGGGACCAGACGCCUGAUGAAAAUGACCAAGUAGUAGUAAAAAUCACAGGCCACUUCUAUGCAAGCCAGCUGGCCCAGAGGAAGAUCCAGGAGAUUAUCUCUCAGGUGAGGCGGCAGCAGCAGCCCAAGGCCUCGGCCACAGGUCCACCAGUCGCCCGGAGGAAAUAGAGCCACUGCGUCUUCUCAGGAGACUGAAAGGACACGGGACGCGUCCAUCUCAGGGGUCAGGGAAUGUCCUUACAACCCCGCCCGCUUUUACACCCAUUCCGCCUGAACUUGCCUUAAUAGGGUAACUGCACAGACCUUAAUUGACAGAUGCUGAACUUUGUUUUGGUUAUGAGUUUAUUGGGAAAUGCAGCAUUUGAGUGUAAAAGGGUUUUCAAGCCUGUUUUUGGGGUAAGGAAUGGGUGACACAGGGUGGGGUUUAAGGUCUUUGGCUUGAGAUGGAAAGAGGAUUGUUGACGGAAGUAAGCUGUCCUGGGAUCCAGUGGCAUUUUAUAAAUUCUGAUGCAUUUUAUAGAUGAAUAGAUAUAUAUACAUAUAUAAAAUUAUGAAAGAAGGUGGAGCAACACUGCCACUUAUGACUGAGGGAAGUGUUGAUUGGUGUUGGCCAGGAAACCAAGUUAAUAUGCAUUUUACUGAUCUACCUCAGGCUAGAGUACCUCAGAAAAAAAGAAAAUGAUAUAUGAAAAAAGUUCUGUUCUUUUUUUUUUUAUUUUGCUUUGUGGUAUUUUGUAUACUUUAUAAAGCUAAUAGUUCUUGAACAUUUUUAUUUUUUUAAGAAAAUGUAAAAUUGAGUCUGUAGUUAACGGAUGAUGCUCGAAUUCCGCCUUGCUCCUUUUGACGCGCGCCAUGAAUAACUACUGUAUAUAUACACGUUUGCGCGCGUCGCACGAGUGAAAGAGCGGAGUUUGGGCUUCUGUGUAAGCUACAGAUAGGAGAAAGAAAAGAAAAGCGCCUCAGUGUCGCUGAGGAGCCACCACCCUCUGAACACCGUCAAGGUAAUGAGAAAUAACGCCACCCGUACAUACCGCAGCAAUGCGGUGCUAAUAACUGUCUCGGCGGUAGCAGACGUUUCACCCGCAUUUCAUUACACUUCAGUCAGGGUUGGAUGCAAGCAAUAGAGGUCAGGGAUAAGCAAGGUCCUGUUGUAACCUCUUUGACACCCCCUCAUCCUCGGCGCGAUUAGUUGUCUAUCAAAUUAAAAUAACGACCAGCCCGAGUGAGGUUGUUUUUUCUUUUCCCGUGCUCAUCGUUUUUUUCCUCACUUUCCUUUUCCAAAUAACGCGAUCCGUUUGGUCUUGGGACGGGCUUUUUUUUUUUUCACAACAAACUGGGCUUUACAUGCCGAAGAUUUUCAGUGUUUAACGUCAGUCAAUGCAUGUCAGGGGUUCGGGGAGUUACACUGUUCUGAUGCUUUUGCGUUGAUAGCUAUAGGUUACAAUAGUCAAGGGCGAACGGUUUCAUUUAUAUCUUUCGUUUAUCAUUCAAAGUGGAAAAAAAGCAAAAAAAUAUAUAUAAAAUGAACUUUAGCAAAGAAAAAACGUUUAGUAAAGAAACUGAGAAACCAAUAUUCCUUUUGUUUUCAUGCAGAAUGUAAAUAUGAUUUGAUUAUGGUAAAAGAGUGCAUCCACGCUUCCACACUAGUAAGGCCAUUGUCUACCUCAGCUGAGGAAAGGGUGGGCUCCGUCUCUCCUGAGACCUCCAGCGCGCGCAGCGAUACCUCAAGUCCCUCGCGAACACUUCCGCACUGGGUACGCGCGUGGCGCCGAGCGCUGACCAGAGGGGCACAAGUGAUCGUUUUGUUUUUCUUUCCACCCUUCUCUUACACCGUUUUUGAUCUACCUCUUAUUAGAAAAGUAUUUAAAUUAGAGGCAUAUUGCUAUGUGUUAGAAUCUAUAGGGUCAUGUUCCAUCUGCCCCUUUCCUCACACACAAAAAAAAUAUAUCAUUUAAAAAAAAAAA